AACAUGGCGGCGGCAACAACAUGGCGGCUACCGGGUCCGCGGCCUACAGCGUGGGCCUCGCUAACGAGCGGCUGCGGCUGCUGGAGGAGCUGGAGCGGGAGAUCGGGGCGGCGCUGCAGAGCGCAGGCACGGUGAUCCUGGAGCUGUCCAAGGAGAAGCCGAGCGAGCGGCUGCUGGACCGGCAGGCGGCGCAGUUCGGGGCCUCGGUGCAGAAGGUGGAGGCGGAGCUCUCGGCCCAGAUCCGCUACCUGACGCAGGUGGCCACCCGGCAGCCCCACGAGGGCUCGAGCUACGCGGCGCGCAAGGACUGCCAGAUGGCCCUGAAGCGGGUCGACUUCGCCCGCCUCAAGCUGGCCGAGCUGGCCCGGGGCUGCGAGCAGAUGCUGGAGCAGUAGGGAGCCCCGAGGAGGAGGAGGAGAGGAGGGCGAGAGGAG